ACUUCACCCACGUUCGCUACCAUUACUGGUCAGUCUACACGCUCUAUCCGUGUAGCUACCUCGUAUAUUCUUUACUUCUCGUUCAUCUCACCAUUCUAGCAAUGGCUGGUCCAGGUGGCGGUCCUCCUCGCCGGAGUCACACCAAGUCUCGCAAGGGUUGCGAAACCUGCAAGAAACGCCAUAUCCGCUGUGACGAGAGCUUCCCGCAGUGCCGCAACUGCACCAAGCACAAGAUCCGCUGCCCGUACAACGAUGUCCCGGCGUCCGACCCCAACAGGUCCACGACGCCCGACAAGCCUGAUCUCAUGUGGACCCCCGAGAUCGAGGCCAGCCUCCUGCAGUGGCAGCAGACCAACGUGUUUCCCUUCCCCAGCAUGGGCAUCUACCCAGUGCCCGUGGCCAGCAGCUACUCCUGGGAAGACCUGAGGUUGAUCUAUCACAUUGCUUCCGUCUACGAUGAACUCUCUGUCAUGGAUGCUAAUAACUUCACCCUGUGGACUCGCCACAUCCCCAUUAUCCUGAGAAUUGGAGCCACGACUCCGUACGUCAUGCACGCACUGCUCGCCUUCUCGGCCAUGCACAUUGCUUUCCUCACCGACUGCCCCCUGGUCGGUGGAAUGGGCUUUGAGCACCGAGGCGUGGCGCUGAGCGGUCUCCAGGAAGCCAUUGGUGUCUUCUCACGCGAUAACUCGGAUGCCAUUCUCGCUGCAUCCCUGGUCCUCUCCUGGCAGGCUACGGACUGGUCCGGCUGGAACCAGCUCAUGCAGGGCACCUCGACCAUCAUGUCCGCCAUGGAGGGCUGGAAGAACGAGUCGCAGUUCGUUGACUUCAUCGCCGAGAGCAGGACAUUUCCCACUGCUCCCCCUUCCCCGAGCUCUGACCACCGCCGCGCCCAGCCACGCAAGGAGGACCUCGACGCCUACCAGAGCACCCUUGAACAGGUCCAAAAGGUUGAGGCCCACCUCAAGAGCCAGAAGGAUGCCUUCAAGGUCGACACGACACAAAUCCAGAACUUGGUCAGCUUCCUCAAAGGAUCUCGCAAGAUCAGCCACACGCUCCCCAUUGCCCAGCAGUUUGAGCGCCUGAGGUCUCUCCGUGACUGGCUCUUCUGGAUGCCCGUUGCUUACCUGCAGAACUAUCGAUGCUCCCCCAACUCCCUCGUCGCCAUUGCCCACCUGUACACCGUGGCUAUCUUGAUGGAGCGUCUGUUCCCGGAAAUCGGAUCCGCCUACUUUGGUAGCCUGUCCCUGGUCCCGGUCGAGGAGAUUGCCCGGCGCCUCAUGUCUUACAGCGUCACCGACAACUUCGAUUCCAGUGCUACCGUGCCCCUGCGAUUGAUGGACUUUCCCAUUGACUCGGUUGGUGACUUCCGCGCUCGCAUGGGUUGGGUCCAGCCAGAGCGCACCCAGUCGUUUCCCACGUUCCAGACUCCCAGCUUCCGGACUUUCGACAGUCGCUCCGAGUACGACAGCAGCUCCGAGUCGUAUGGCCUGUAUGGAAAUCCUGCCUUCAGCUACAGCCACGAGUCGAUGCCCGUGCUCAACGCCGCUGUGAGCCACACCCACAGCCCCGUCGGAAGCGUGGUCAUGCCUUCGCCCUACCAGUCGCAGCCGCAGUACCUCAACAUGCCGUCUCCCAUGUACGCCGCCGGACCCUACAGCCCGACGCCAUCCCACUUGGACGGCUCCGUCACGUACAGCGACACCGACGAGUACAGGAACUGGGACAUGGGCGCCGCCAUGCAGGCCCAGCCGUCUCCAAUUUAUCACGAUGCGCGUCACAGCUUCGGUGCCGGGUUCGUCUCUCCUACCACCACCCAACCCGUGUGGAUCUGAAAUACACCACGGCGGCCUUGCUUUUGGAGACGACUGAAUGGGGAUUGACCGUUGCCGUCCAGGAACUCAAACAAAUCGACAUCGACGCCACCACUACUGCACCGCCCGCCUCACACGCCUGGUAUGGCCUCCUCCUCGGAGCCGCCGCCCGUCUUGAUGAGCUCCAUCCCGCACUACCAACACCGGCAUCGACAGACUCCUUCCGUCUCCUCUGGACCGCAUUCUCCAUCUCCGUUGGCCCAGGCUCCUCUCAACCACAUUCCUGAUCCCAAGGACAAGGGCAAGGGCAGACUACACCAUCCUCAGUGAUUCACGAUGUGCCACCACCAGCCUCAUCCACUGGUUGCACGAUCCCGCUUUCAGUACCGCAUGUUUUUUAUUUUGGAUUUACACC